GGAAGCGACUCCUAUUAUCCAUGCUAUUUGCUCCGGUACCAUGCACUUAAAAACACGAACCAGGCCGAAGUCUUCAAACCCGUUUAACUCAACUCAAAAAUCAAACCCGUAGGCGUAUACGCACAGCUAUGAAGCUCUCUGCUGGCUUGAUCACUUUGGCUUUGACUGCUGUAGCUGCUGCACAGUCUGUCAGUGAAUGGGGUCAGUGCGGUGGAAUCAACUACACUGGAUCCACGACCUGUGCUUCUGGUCUCACUUGUACUGAGAUCAACACGUAUUACUAUCAGUGUUUAGCAUCAGUCACUACAGUCACGACCUCCACAAGCUCUACAACUUCUACGGCACCACCCGCUACAACCUCGAGUCCUUCUGCUCCUAUAACCGGAUUCGUCAGUACGUCUGGCCAGAAGUUUACUCUCAACGGGGCCACAUAUACUGUAGUCGGAGGGAACGCGUAUUGGGUCGGGCUUAUGGGGCUCACCACUAGCGAAAUGAAUGUUGCAUUCAAAGAUAUUGCUGCGACUGGGGCAACUACUGUCAGAACAUGGGGUUUCAAUGAAGUAACUAGUGCAAGUGGUGACUAUUACCAGCUUUGGACUAACGGAGUACCAACCAUCAACACGGGUGCAACUGGGCUCCAAAACUUUGACAAUGUUGUGGCUGCUGCCAAGGCAAACGGGCUUCGUCUCAUCGUGACUCUUACUAACAAUUGGUCUGAUUACGGUGGCAUGGAUGUGUAUGUGAACCAACUUGUUGGCCAGGGCCAGCCGCAUGAUUAUUUUUACACCAAUUCUGCUUGUAUAUCUGCGUUCCAGAACUACGCAAAGACGUUCGUGACUCGCUACUUGAAUGAGCCUACAAUCCUUGGUUGGGAACUAGCUAACGAGCCCCGAUGCACCGGUAGCACUGGAACUACUUCUGGUUCUUGCACUGUCGCCACCGUCACCAAUUGGGUCAAGACUAUGUCUGCCUACAUAAAAUCCGUUGAUUCAAACCAUCUUGUUGGUCUCGGAGAUGAAGGAUGGUUCAAUGAUCCAAGUAGCUCUGACUAUCCAUAUCAGGGUGGCGAAGGUAUCGACUUCGUGGCCAAUUUGGCUAUUGACACCAUUGAUUUCGGGACCUUUCAUCUUUACCCGGGAAGCUGGGGAGAGACAUCCAACUCGACAAGCUGGGGACAAGAAUGGAUCAUUAACCACUACACCGCUCAAGCCAACGCCAACAAACCAGUGAUAAUGGAAGAAUUCGGUGUGACCAGUGACCAAUAUAACACAUACAGUGCAUGGUACUCCACCGUACAGAGCUCGGGUCUCAGUGGAGUGCUCAUCUGGCAAGCUGGCUCUAAUCUCUCCUCUGGACAGACUCCUAAUGAUGGAUAUGCUAUCUAUCCUGGCACGCAAGUCUACACCUUGGAGACCCAGUACGCUGCCUCUAUGAAAGCAAGGGGUUAGGGUAAUCUACUUUCUGAGACACUUUUUGUUGCACCUAUUGUGAAGUGUUCAUGAAAUAUAAGCACCUACUAG